GCGGGAAAACGUUUCCAGUCAAAAAGGUUUCUCUGAAUAAGCGCAACAGUCAUGUUCCGAAUCAGAGUAUGCUCGCAAAUGAUUAAUUCAAAGAUAAACCGCUUGGCUUGCAUUUCUGUUUCCCGUAAACAUUUGCACGUUAUAUCCGCGUUGCCGGUGUUGUUGUGUUAUCACAACUGCCGGCAACAGGACUUCGCGCCUACGUUUUUACAGUUGAGCUUGACGAAAUCUGCCGGCUAGCGUUGAUACGUUCAUACAUUACGAGUACUUGUGUGUUUUAAAGUUUACAUUGCACUACGCGUUGCAAUGUAUUCGUAAUCAUACUCGUACAUCUGUAUGAUUACGAUUCCGAAUUGUAUGACCCCGAUCCCGGAUAUUGUGCACAUGGAGAGUUUUAUUUUUGUCCCUAGAGUUUUUUGCCGCCACCGCUUGCUGUCAUUCGUAAAAACUAUGAAAAUGUUUUGUUUCCGCAAUCUGGUAGUAUCUAUGUCUAGCUGAAUCGCCGAGAUUUACAGCGUUGGAUAAUUUCGGUUAACGUCCAUUAAUUUUGUGUGACAAGUAUUGGACACAGCUUUAACUUUAAAGAAAUGACUGCGCCUGUUGGAUCUGAGGAUUCGCAGCAGUUUUCGCACCAGCAGGCGGAAAUUCUUUCUUUGGAGCAACGCCUACGCCAAUGUCGUCCUCGCUCCUCCGCGUCAAUAUUGUCUGUGCUAUUUUGGAACCGUCCCCUUAUGUGGUCAGGAAUACUAAUUUUCAACCUUUUCGUUAACCUCGGCGACGUAUUUUUGAUGCCAUAUGUCCUGACUCAACUCGGAUCUAACAGUAUUUUAGACAACAGUGUUAAGUACCUGAUUGUUCCUUUAAUUUAUUUAUUUAUUUGGAAAGCCGCCGUUAUUUUGCGAUUAUUGCUAACUGAAAAGUUUCGUUUGCACAUGAGCGCUAGUUUUGUGCAGUGCAUGUACAAUAGUGCGUUCAUGGUGCCGUUGAAGUUUAUAUGCGAGCAGGCGGUUUGCAGUCAGUGCAUGGAAAAAUUCGCGCAGUGUUCAGAAAAGCAUACCGCACCCAAGGAAAGCAUUUCGGGGAGUGCCGCAUUACAAAAUGUUUUGGGCGAAGAUACCUAUAUUGCAGUUUCUUGUCUACUGGAUAUUUUGGAAUUUUCGGCAUUUCCAGUUGGCAUUGCAUGCAGCUUGCUGUUAUUGUUCAACACACACACCGGUAUCAGCGUGUCACCCGCAUACGGUAUUGGUUUGCUUCUGGUUUUAGCUUUUGUCUUUGUAAAUUUAUGUCGGAAGUUAAUUUUCAAUCAAACGGGUUUACGUUUGGCCACGGAAUUGCGAGUGCAGCGGGUCAAAGCCAUGUUGCAUCAGUACUAUCCCAUGAAAAUGCAUAUGUGGGAAUGUUUGUUCGCCAAGCGCAUCCUAAUGCACAGGAUGGUUGAAUUGCAUCAUAUAGCAAAAAUAUUUUGGAUUCGUUCCAUUGAUAACUCCCUCCAGCAUCUACUUCCUGUUUUUGUUCUUUUGUUUAGGAUUUACGGACUGUACCAAGAAGGCAACUCAAAAUCGGUAUCCGUCGCUCAGGUCAUGAUAAUCACUGCGACAGUGCGGUCCAUUUGUAGAUAUGCUUCCGGAUUAUCCAAGUUGACAACAUCCUUGUCUGAUUUGAAAAUUUCUCUCCGACGCUUAAACAAAUUUAUUUCCAUGGCAAAGUGUGAAAAAGAAAAUCGGGAUGGUGUGCGGUCUCCCCCAGAUACACCUCUGGAAAUCGGCAUGCCAUUAGAAUCUAAGCGAAAUCAGUGCAUUGGAGUAACGGGACCCACGGGUUCAGGAAAAACUUUAUUUUUCUUAUAUCUUCUUGGAGAGUUUCCGAAAACCCAAAUGAAAAGUAAAGCCGACAGGGAAAUCCGCCAACUGUUGUCCCUUGGAAAGAAAAUAAGAAAGAGCCACUCUGUAGCCUACAUUUCUCAAAAACCCUGGUUCUUUCCUGGGACAGUCAGGGAGAACAUCGUGAUGGGAAAACAAUAUAAAAAAAUCUUUUACGAAAAGGUUGUUUUUGGAUGUGGAUUGCACAUUGACUUCCUUAGUCUUUUGGAUGGUGACCUUACUGUAAUCGAAAAGAAUGGGCAGAAUUUAAGCGGUGGUCAGCGCAGUCGGAUCGCAUUAGCUCGUGCCGUGUAUCAGCGGAAACAGUUUUAUCUACUGGACGCGCCGUUUGCUGCACUGGAUCCUAAUACCACGCAACACAUCCUGGACAACUGCAUCUUCGGUGUGUUGUCAGGCACUGUACGGCUUAUUAUUACCGCGAACGAAUCGGUGCUUGCAAAGUGCGAAAAAAUUAUCUGUUUUGAUCAAAGUAAAGUUUCGAUCGUGGAAAAUAAUUAUUUGAAUCGGUGGUCUAAUGCUGAAGAAAAAGUAGUAAAUCGUGAGACUUAUCCCGAAAUGGUUCCAAAAGUAUUACCGGAAUCUGAGAAGAAAGAAACACGGAAAGAUGGAUUUAUUCUUCAAAAAGAUCAUGAAAAGACUGAAAAGCUUUUCACCCAAUAUUGGCAAAGCCUGCCUUUUUUGCUAAGGACAGCUUUUUUAGCGACCGCCUCCCUCCACUUUUUCCUUGGCUUUUUUAGUGAUUUGUGGCUCGCAAAAUGGAACGGUGCAUCACUUAAUUACGAGAAUGGCACGGAUACUAUUCGAACCGGUAUUCGGUCGGAAAAGUCAAGCGAAAGCGUCUCCGCAUAUAGAAUAUACUGCGCCAUUUUCGGAACUUCCCAUUUACUUGGCGCCGUUGCGUAUCCGCUGUACUUUCUUGGCACUUAUUACAGUGGAAAAUAUCUAAAUGGAUAUCUUACUAAUUCUGUUAUGCGCUGCACACCGCACAGUUUGUUUAGCAAGCGCACGACGACGGGAAAAAUUUUAACACACUUCGGAAUGGACACAACGAUGUGUGACCUUUCGUUGCCUGCGACCAGUUUUGCAUACCUUUGGCAGUGCGGGAACACUGCGAUAUCUUUAUUUACCGUGUUUUACUUGCAGCCGAACCUAGCAGUGCUUCUGAUACCGGUGUUAGCAAUCGUUCUGGGAUCGGCAAAAUCUGUUCAGAAAAGUAUAAGGCAUAUGAAACAACAAGUAACGGAUGCCUGGAUACCGGUUUAUUCUGUGCAAAAUGCCACAGCCGAUCCAGAAGGACUUGCUACGCUGCGAAGUUCUGGUUUCGAAAGCUGCACGUAUUUCAAGCUGAAGAUGCUUAAUUGUGUUGCUGACCUAAUGCGCUCGGAAUUUCGUCUAACACGAUUUAUUGCAAUUAUCCAGAGUGUAUUUCUCAUCUUCGAAUCGUUGAUCAUCUUCGCCGUAGUGACAACUGGAUUUUACACGGACAUUUCGAGAGCCAAAAUAAUCAUUGUUCUUCUUCACUGCAUCGAAGCCACGGAUAAUAUUCGAUGUUUAUUUGAAAGCCGUUUAGAAGCCGAAAAGGCUGUUGUGCAUUACCAUCGAGUCAUAAGUUUCGUGAAGGACCUCGAGAAAGAACCAAGUGAAAAAUUGGCUACGGCAAACAUUCCGAUCGGCCAGAUAGAAUUUAGCCAUUUUUACGCAGCUUAUGGAAAACAUGGUGACGCUACGCUGCAUGACAUAUCAGUGAAAAUUCCUCCAGGGCAGCUUACUGCCGUCGUGGGGCGCACCGGAAGUGGAAAGUCCAGCUUGGUGUUGGCAUUGUAUCGUCUGCUUGCGUCUCGGUCAGGAUACAUUUUACUGGAUCAAAGGGACAUUGACCAUUUAGACACACGUUCGCUUCGAUCGCAGAUGGCUGUUUUAUCGCAAGUACCGACGAUGUUUGAUGGGAGUUUAAGGCACAAUUUGGAUCCAAUGGGAAAGCAUUCCGAUGCACAGCUGCAGGUGGCAGUAAAAGUUUGCAAUCUAGAGAAGGUUAUUCGCCGACUAGGAUCUCUGGAUGCGAGUGUUGGGAGCGAGGGAGCGUUGCUGUUCACUGGCGAACAGCAAUUAGUGGCCUUUGGCCGGAUGCUACUACAAAACCGUCCAAUAAAUAUACUGGAUGAAUUUACAGCUAAUGUAGACCCGAUAACGGAGAAAUUUCUGUUAAAACAAGUCAUACAACUGUUCCAAGGGAAAACCGUACUGUUAAUCACGCAUAAACUAGACGUUGCCGUAUUAUGCAAAGAGGUCGUGGUGAUGGACCGUGGGCGUGUCGUCGAAACUGGAAAUCCCCGCCGGCUGCUGGCCAAGAAAAGCUCAAGAUUUUCGAGUUUAUUUUUAAAUCUGUGAUAGCAUGGGUUACUCAGAAAUUUAAAUUAUUAGCACUAUAAAGUACAUGCGCAAACGAUUUAUUGUAUGCGACAUAUAAAUUAUGGUAUCCGACAACCUUAUUUCAAAAAUGCAACCUUCCAAUGAUCCGGCGGUAUCCUGAAACCCUGACCAGGGCCAUUCUAUCUGCACAUUUUUUGUUUUGUUGAACCUUAUUUUUGCACUUUUAAUAAGAUGUUGUCUUGUUUAACGCACUUACCACAAAGACACCCGCUGAUAUACUGA